UCUCCUUCCAUUCCAUUCUCUCUUUCCCCUGUAAUCUCUAUAUAUUGUUUACAAUUAUUCGAGAGUCAUGGCAACAAGGGUGCUUUUGUUGAUGGCCCUCACCCUCUAUAUCUUCCCCAUUGCUACAGCAACAUUCCAUGUCAAGGGUUCCGUUUAUUGUGAUACCUGCCGUGCUGGAUUCGAAACCAAUGCCACCUUUUAUAUUCGAGGUGCAAGGGUCGGAAUUCAGUGCAAAGAGAGGAAGACCAUGAAGGUAGCUUUCUACUCUGAGGGUGUGACGGACUCCACGGGAACAUACCACAUUGAGGUUGAAAAUGACCACCGUGACAAUAUUUGCGAAUGCUUGCUUGUUAAAAGCCCUAUCAAAUGGUGUAGCACCCCAGACUCUGGGCGUGACAAAUCCAGCAUAGUACUAACCCACUACCAAAAUGGCAUAGUCAACCAUCUUCACUAUGCAAAUGCUAUGGGUUACUUGAGGGACGAACCCUUGCCUGAAUGCCACAAACUGCUUAAAUACUACUUGGCAGACUCAGAUGUUUGAUCAAUAAGGUAGAAGAACGACUUGUUCUUUGUUUAAAUCAUGUGUUAAUUUAACGACGGAUCUAUUUCUAUGGUUAAGUAUUUGUUGACAUCAGAGUGGUACUAUGUAUUAGUUACUAGCUUGUUACUACUUAGUUUUGCUUCAUAUGUCUGUUUGUAAUUAAGUCACUUAAUUGUGGCGUCGUAAUGAUUGAUGAUGUUUAAGUCUCUUAUUUAAUUUUAUGACAAUGAAGAGAAAAAAGGGUACAGACAAUGCUAAAUGCAUGGUUUACGACA